CACGAGUACAAAUAACAGUACUUUCAGCACAAGAGCCUUGAAGAAACACUAAUUUCUCUUAACUUCUCUAAGAGACGAGUUCACGCAGAGUACAAGCUUACUACAUUGGAUAUAACAAAAAGUUCUCGUCUACCAAAAGAAACAUUAAGGUUCCUGUAACCGGCUUUAAGAGGCUCACACUUCUCUGUAAUUCACUUCACCAGAGCUGCAUAUAGAGCGUGAUACCGGCAGCCUAAGUUUUGUGCACAGCGCCAUGGUAACCCACAGCAAGUUUGACAGCGCAAUGAGCAGCAGCCUGUUUGAUGCAAACAUGCGACUGCCAGCUCACCGUUACAAGACCUUCAGCUCCAAACUGCAAUAUCAGAUGGUGCAACACGCUGCUCUGAAGCUUCAAGAGAGUGGCUUCUACUGGGGCCCCAUCAGCGGCAAAGAUGCAAAUCACAUGUUGAACUUGGAGCCCAGCGGGACCUUUCUAGUCCGAGACAGCUCGGACAAUCGGCACUUCUUCACGCUCAGCGUCAAGACCGAGUCAGGCACCAAGAACUUGCGAGUCCAGUGCGACAACAAGUCCUUUUUCCUCCAGACGGACACCAAGAGCAUGCAGUCCGUGCCUCGCUUUGACUGUGUGCUCAAACUCGUCCAUCACUACAUGCCAUUGUCCAGGAGUCCGCUGUCGAUAGGAAACUCUCGAAGUGCGUACUACAUUUACUCAGGAGGUGAUAAAAUCCCACUGGAGCUCUUGAGGCCCCUACCAUGCACCAUGUCCUCCCUGCAGCAUCUAUGCAGGAAGACGGUGAACGGACACAUAGACGUUUCCAGCAAAAGAGACCAGCUGCCUCAACAACUUAAAGAAUUCUUACAGGAGUAUGACGCUCCUAUCUAAAUCGAUAGAGCUGUUGAACAUAACGGUGGCUGUGUUGAAUGAAGAAACAAGAAGCAAUGAGGACAUUGAAGCUUGUUUGGCAGAUGCAACAGGAGAUAUGCUUUAGGUUGGGGCUUAAUGGGCUGAGUUGUUGAGCCCUUCAUUGUGAUUUUUAGUGCUAUCAUUAAUGCCCCUACUAAAAAGACUGGCUUAGACCAUGGCCAGGUCAAAUUGGGGGCUAGAGGGGGCACUGCCCUCCUAGAUAUUCCUUGUGCCCCCAUCCGACAAAGAGACGACCAGUUGUCUGCUCUAAAGAUCAGAAUGCCCCACACCAAAGAUGUCAUCUUAGUACCGCUCAUGGCUUGGACCAUCAUACAUUUCUGGUCUUUCUGGAGAAGCCUGGUGGGGACACCACACAUGCCUGUGACCAGCAACGCUAGUCUUUUCUUAUGUGACUGAUGUUCAAGUGCCAGUCUGUCAAUGAAUUGCCACUUGUACUGUUUUUGUACCUGUACCAGUGCCAGUAUUGCCAAUCACAGCCUCUGCGCUCCCACAAAUCAGCACAGAGACAGCAAGCUGUUUAACAGGAACCAGCCGCCACCUUCUUCCAAGUAAAUUUUUGUGCCUUUCAAGGAAAAAAGGAAGAAGUGAGUAACUGCAUAGCAGAGGCAGAGCAGACUUGCUGUUGAGAAAUGACUUCUAGAAGGGAACAAAGGAGCCAAAGAAGUUUAAGACUGAACACUGAGAAGGACACAUAUAAAGUAUAUAAAGAUGGGGGUGAUUCUCACGAAUAAUUUUGUACUUAACCCCAAAUCAAUAAAAAAAAAAAACAUUUGGAAAAAGAGAGAGAGAUUAUAUUUUGUAUAAAAUUUUUACAUUGUGCCAUUAUUUUCAGGACACUUAAGCACAUGAUGUCCCCCAAUUCUCAUUACUGAAAUGUGUUGGACAUUUUACUUUUGCUAUUUCAAUUGUUUUCAAUGAUGAUCCUCUUGACUAUAAUAUAUAUAAAGCUAUUAUGAUGUAUAAACCCUUUACAGUUUAAAUAAUAUAUCAUUUUCUUUCAUGUUGCAGUAGAGAGAAUAUCGCCAUGACCGUCUUUUUUUGCAUUGGGGUACUGAGAAUUGUGUGGGUUAAAUGUCCAUAACUGACAUGAAAAUAAUGUAACAAUGUAAAAAAUCUUAUUUUUUUAUUUUCUUUUUGGGUUAAUAUAAGACCAGGUCAUUUUCCUGACAGGUUUUGUGAGAAUCAUCCAUCAUGGACACAUGUCAGCAUUCUGUUUAUACUUGAAAGAGCAACACUUGGAACAAAUUUACUGUCUGAUUUUAGAGUUUGAGGAGGACGGUUUAGAUCCAAAGUGUAGUUUGACAGGAAAUGUGGUUGUAUGUCUGGAGCAGUUUAAAAAGACUGCUUGUUAUUGAAUGUAUUAACACACACAGGUAUUGUCUGUCUUAAGAAUGCCCAUGUUUCACCUUGCCAUACAAGAUAUUGUUUACAGAUAUGAAGAUAAAUUCAGAUUGGUUAUCUUUUGUAAAGUUGUACGAACCAUUUGUCUCGACGUUGCAUAGUUAUAUUUAUAAAGCAUUUCAAUAAUUUAUUAAAGAGCACUAUUUUUGUACAAACAAAAGCCAUGUGUUUGGUUAUUCCUUU